GACAUCGAGCGACAGGCAGACGGAGGAGGUUGUGCUCGGGCCUCAGCAGCGGGGCGUCUUUCCCGUGAGCCUUUGCGACUUGCCAGUUCCAGGAGGGGGACCCAGAAGACUGGCCCUUCCAGCCAUCGCAGGCCCCUUUUUUGAGAUGGAGGAGCCAUACGCCAAGAUCCUGGCGCUGGAGACAUUUCGUGUAGAGCAGGUUCCACCAACUGUCUAUUAUAUUCCAAACUUUAUCUCGGAGUCGGAGGAGACCUAUCUGCUGCACCAAGUUUAUGCUGCCCCCAAACCCAAGUGGACCCAGCUGUCUGGAAGAAAGCUGCAGAACUGGGGAGGGCUGCCCCACCCCAAAGGGAUGGUACCGGAGAAGCUGCCCGCCUGGCUGCAGAGCUAUGCCGAGAAGAUCUCCUCCCUCGGAGCGUUUGGAGGGAAGCUGGCGAACCAUGUACUGGUGAACGAGUACCUCCCUGGGCAGGGGAUCAUGUCUGACAUGCCAGCUCCCUCUAGCCUCAUGAAGAUGGACCUCUGUACUUCCCCACGGUCACCACCAUCAGCCUGGGAUCACACACGCUGCUGGACUUCUACCAUCCCAUCAGCAGGGGGCAGCACGCGGACAGCGAGCAGGUCCCUGCGCCCCAGACAGAGGAGCAGCGCCACUUCCUGUCUCUGCUGCUGGAGCCACGCAGCCUCCUGGUCCUGCAGGAGGACAUGUACGUCCGUUACCUGCACGGGAUUCAACCCACCACCUCCGACACCGUCACGGAGAAAGUGGCCAAUGUGGCGGCCUGCAGCACGGCACUCGGGGACGAGCUGCUCCGGGGAACCCGGGUGUCGCUCACCAUCCGCCACGUCCCCAAGGUACUGAAAAUGGCCAUUUUCCUGGGCAAGGGGAAGUGAAGGGAGAAGUUUGCUUUCCUCCCCCUUGCCCAGGCUCGUGCCUGAGAACGGUUCUGUGAAACACACAAUUAAUGAGGGGAUCGGGAGGCCCGGACAUGGAAGGCUGUGGAGACCUCAUCCUGCGGCACGCUGAGAGAACGGGAAGAGCUGAGCCCGAGAGCGUCUCACCCGCGCGGGAGGAGAAGAGCAGCCUCUGGGGUCAUCUGUAUGAAGGUGCAGAGACUUGGACAGGAUGCAGCAUUGCCUAGUGGUUAGAGUGAGAGGCCAGGGUGUCAGGACUCCUGGGUUCUAUUCCUGGCACUGGGAGGUGAGUGUGGGGUCUAGUGGUCGGAGCAGGGGGCCUGGGAGCCAGGACUCCUGGGUUCUGUUUCCAGUUCUGGGAGGGGAGUGAGGGUCUGGUGGUUAGAGCAGGGGAUAGGAAGCCAGAACUCCUGGCUUCCUACUCUCCAUGCUUGCUCCUGCCUCAGUGUGUGACCUUAAGGGACUCUCCCGCCACCUCCCGGUGCCUUAGUUUCCCUGGCUGUGACGUGGCAGGGGUUGCUAUCCGUUGGCAAAGCACCCUGAGCGCUUCAGAAGCACACGGCCGGCUCGCCAGCUCCUACCUAUGUUCAAACACAUUCACUGAAACUCGGUGAACUCUAAUAAAGGCAGGGGCGGGUCAUUCCACCUCGCUGGUGGCUCCUUGCUGCUGCUUGAGGAA